AUGAGGAUCCUGGUGUGCGUGUAUCUGUGUGGUCUGGCCCUGUCCGUCCUAGCUGAGGAGGAGCAGCCGGUGAAAGAGAAGCGAGGACUCUCCGGUUCGCUGGGUGGCUAUAGUGGCGGCUAUGGUCUGGGAGGUGGCUACAGUGGUGGCUACGGAGGCGGCUAUGGUGGAGGCUAUGGAGGUGGCUAUGGAGGCGGCUAUGGAGGCGGCUAUGGAGGCGGCUAUGGAGGUGGCUAUGGAGGUGGACUCGGAGGCGGCAUUGCAGGCGGCAUUGGGGCUGGAAUUGGAGGGGGACAACCACAGAUCACUGUCAACAGAAUCCCUGUCCGGGUCCCAGUCCCUGUGGAGAGAAUCGUUCGAGUGCCAGUGAAGGUCCCAUUCACGGUAACUGUGGACCGGCCUGUCCCUGUGCAGGUACCACAGCCGUACCCUGUCCCUGUAGACAACCCUGUGCCCGUCCCCGUCAAGGUCCCCACCCCAGUGUCCGUCCCAGUGCCUCAGCCCUACGUCGUUAAGCGUCCAGUGCCCUACGUCGUCAGCGCUGGCCACGGCGGUAUCGGAGGAGGACUCGGCGGUGGUCUCGGAGGAGGCCUCGGUGGAAAAUUCGGCGGAGGCUACAGCAGUGGCUUUACUGGAGGAUACAGUGGAGCUACUAGUGGCUUUGGAGGACUUGGGGGCUAUGGAAAAUACGGCCACUGA